CUCGCAACUCUAAACGCCAAUGAACAUUCGGACAUUGACGCGUUUAAUAAUUAAAUAAGAUAACCGGUAAAGUAGCGUAGCUUUAACCUUAAGCUAUGGAUGUUCCCAGCUUGAUAUGGAAGCUACUCGGUCAUUGACGCGAAAAUAUUAUGUAUAUAAACACUCAUAUCAUUUAUCAACAUCAUUUGAAAAAUCCCGAACAUCAAAAAGGUAUUUGAUUCAAUCGCGAUUCGAUUCGGAUCACGAUUCAAAGAUGUUUACAUCACCUGCUUAUUCGCAUUCAAGCAGUGGUACUUUUGGGUUUCCAUUAGUUUUUGGAGAAGGGAAUCAGAAGGUAGAUGCAACAGGAAUGUCCAAUUAUGGGGGAACCUCAACCUGGACAUAUGCUCAAACCUCAUCCCCUUCAUCUUCCACAACAAUAUUUGGAUCUUCAUCCCCAUACAGUUUUGGAAGUUCAUCUUCCAGUGGAGCUAAUGCCACAAGAUCAACUUUUGAUCUUCAAAAGUCACCUUUUGGUGGCCAAGAUAGAGGAAGCAAAAUUGCAAAUUACAAAACAACCCCUGAGACUGAGUAUAAUCCAGAGAAACUUGUAUCAAUUUCUGCCAUGCCUGUUUACAAAUCUAAAAGCCAUGAAGAACUAAGGUGGGAGGAUUACAAGUUCACCGAAAAAGGUGGAUUUGGUCCAAGUUCUACAGCAAUAAAGUCAACAUCAUCCACUCUAUCUCCUUUUACCUCAUCAUCAUUUACUAAUUUUUCUACAAAUUCAUGGGGAACCACUUCAGUUUCUUCAACACCAAUUACACCGAACCCAUUUUCAAAAACAAUCAAUUCGGUAGCCACAGAGACACCCACAUGGAGCUGGAAGUUUCCGGGACCCACAUCCACUCCACAUCCUCUUCACUUUUCAUCUUCUACAAACAAUUCUUUGAGCAGUUUUACUUCUGCUCCUUUAAACUCAUUCAACCCAUUUCUUCCCAAAACAAACCUCACCUCUCCAGCCUCCUUUACAUCCACAUUUGCACCUUUGAAUCAAAAUCCUUUCACUUCACUACCCACUCAAAUGUCUUCCUCCAGUUUUUCAACUCCUACAUUUGCAUCAUUUAUCAAACCAUCUUCUUCAAGUGGUUUCUUUCCAACUCCAUUAGUGACUUCACCUGCUAACUCUAUGAGCUCUGGUUUGUGUUCAACUUUUAAUCAACCAACAACAUUGUUUCAAUCAUCUUCAAACACCUCAGCAUCAUGGUCACAUGAACCUUUGAAUCAAAAUCUGUUGAAAAACCAUUUCACCUCACAACCCACUCAGACCUGUUCUACAUCUGCAGCUUUCACUCAUGGUGUAGUUACCAUGCGUUCUUCUUUAGAUGAUUUUUGGUCAACUUCAAUUGGUGGACCUUCUAUUUCCAUGGUGACUACACCUGCUACCUCUGUUUCAGUUUCACCUUUCAAUCAACCAACAACAUUCUUUAAGCCUUGUGCUCCUUCAACUCAGAACUAUAAUUCGGAAAGUACAACAGGAAUUAUUGGCCAAAUUACUAGGAAAGAUCAAAAUCCAUUUGGAACACUUCCCCCAAUAUCUCACUUGUCUUUUGAAUGUUCUCAAUCGAUUCAGUAUGGGAUAUCCAGCAUACCUGUCAAAGACAAACCUGCCAUGGUCAAAUAUCCCUUGUUGACUACAAGACAUUUGUACAGAAGAAACAAGUUGCCAGUUCAGAAGUAUGACCCAAAACUAAAUAGUUUAAAGAUGCCAUUUUUUAGUGACACCAAAGUUGCUGCAUUUUUCCCAAGGGAAAAUCCAAGGGAGUUGGUUAUCAAAGGGAAUAUGCAUAAACAAAAGUUGUCAGGUAACACGUGUGAAAAUGAGAAAGAAGAUAUCAAGGUUUAUGAUUCUUCAAAUGAUCAAACCAAAGCGAAAAAUAAAUUCCCAUCAGUCCUUGAUGUCCCAUUAAAACUUCAACUCCCUGACUACUACACAAAACCUCAAAUUUCAGAGUUGGAAUCAAAAGAAAGGGUUGAGCCAGGGUUUUGCAGCCAUGUUAAUGACUUUGUGAUUGGGCGCCAUGGCUAUGGGAGUAUUAAGUUCUUAGGGGAGACUGAUGUGAGAAGACUCAAUCUUGAAAGUUGUGUCCAAUUUAAUAACCGAGAGGUUAUUGUGUAUAUGGAUGACACCAACAAACCUCCAGUUGGUCAAGGGCUCAAUAAACCAGCUGAGAUAACACUUGUUAACAUCAAAUGUAUUGAUAAAAGAAGUGGAGUGGAGUAUAAGGAUGGUUUGAAGAUUGAUAAAUACAUAGAGAUGUUGAAGAAGAAGGUGGUGGCACAAGGUGGUGAGUUUAUUUCGUAUGAUCUGGUUGAAGGUGAAUGGAAAUUUAGAGUCCAACACUUUUGAACACUGUUCUCUUGAUGAUUUAUUGAUGUUGAUACUAGUAGUAAUGGUUGGAGUUUGUAUUUUGCUUAUGUAAUUAGAAGAAUGUUUAUGGUUGUUUCCUUCUUAUUUGUAUUUUGCAAUAAUGUAAAUGUUAAGUGCAAAGAACAUUUAUGUAUUUUUAUUAAUUUGUUUAUCAUAGCACCAUGUAUGAGAGUGGGAAAGGUAUGUAUGUUGUGGUUAACAAUGAUGUUACUAUUGUUUUUACUAGAAGUCGACUCCAAUAGACAUAUUGAAAUGUUAUAAAUGUUAGGCUUAGG